AUGGCCGGUAUCUUCAAAUAUCUUAGUGAAUGGAUUUCGGAAAAUUUUCCCUCGGCCGAAGAUACCGAUCGCGAAAUUAUGAGAAGUGAGGCAGAAGCAAGGGCUCGGAGCAGCGCACGGCAUAUCGAGUACAUCAUCGAUCUCUUUGAAGAUGAAGUUUCUUAUCAGUAUCCUCAUCGUACCGACAUCAUUACCGUGGUCAAAAAAUUUAGGCAGGCCAUAUACGAUGAACAUGGUAGGGUAUCACCAUAUUCCCUGCUCUGCCAAUCCAGGCAUUUCACCCCCGAGGGGGAAAUAGCUUUCGACAAAGUGGUCGAAAGGUGGUCAGAUUGGACCAAGGUAGCUAAGGAGUUUGCCUUCUUGAAGGGCUAUUCCCCCAGCGGAGAGUAUAUCAGCGUCCGCAGCCCCUACCCAAUAGCCUCAACGUAUGACACCGAAGAGCACGCCGUCGAUACUGCCCUUGCCAUGAAAAAGUGGCACGUGGAUAGAUACGGGACGGCGUUAGAUUAA